AUGCCAGAUUCAGUUGCAAAGAGUGAGAAAGCUCAGAUGAACACAGCUAAUGUAAGGGAAGAGAGUGAGUACGUUAGGCUUGUUAUAUCUGAUGAGGGUACAACAUCUGAACCUGAGACUUUGCAGCUGCAAACUCCCCAAAAAAGGUCUUAUACAUGGUGGAUCAAGGCCCUGAUAUGGUGUUUUAGCACAAUAGUAGUUGUACUUAUAUUUGUCAAAUGGGGAGUCCCAAUUCUUUUUGAGAAGGUUGUUAUACCGAUUUUGCAAUGGGAAUCUACUGCAUUUGGCCGCCCAGUGCUCGCGAUUGUACUUGUGGCUUCAUUGGCAUUAUUUCCUGUCUUUUUAAUUCCUUCUGGACCUUCGAUGUGGCUCGCUGGGAUGAUUUUUGGAUAUGGUCUUGGUUUCGUCAUAAUCAUGGUUGGAACUACUAUCGGAAUGAUCUUGCCAUACUUGAUUGGUUUACUUUUUCGUGACAGAAUUCAUCAAGGGUUAAAGAGAUGGCCUGAUUAUGCUGCUAUGCUGAGAUUAGCUGCGGAAGGAAAUUGGUUCCACCAGUUCAAGGUGGUUGCAUUGUUCAGGAUUUCACCGUUUCCAUAUACUAUCUUCAAUUAUGCAGUGGUUGUAACAAGCAUGAGAUUUUGGCCAUACUUGAGUGGAUCAGUGGCAGGGAUGAUUCCCGAAGCUUUCCUUUACAUCUACAGUGGCCGUUUAAUAAGGACGUUCGCAGACGUCCAGUAUGGGAACCAUCAUUUGACUCCAGUGGAGAUCAUCUCCAACGUCAUGUCCUUCAUUGUUGCAAUAAUAACCAUAGUACUGUUCACGGUCUACACUAAGAGAGCAAUGAAUGAAUUGAAAAUGGCAGAGAAGAAUAAUCAAGACCUCGAAUCUGGGAAUGAAACUCUUGAGAUGGAGAAGCUUCCACUCGAAAGACCGAAGCAACUCGAUUUACCUAAAUCAUAG